GCUAAGAUCUUCUGAAAAAGUCACCUGUGACAGAAAAUAAUUGAAUUGAAAGCAUUCAAAUUCGAUACAAAUUGCGGGAAUGGGAAGAUCGGUUUGAUUUUGUAAAAGUCUUUUGUUUGGUUGUUAUAUAGAUCAGAUCAGAGAAGGGUAGCUAGCUAGGGUGUUAGUUCUAAUUCUCUAUCUCGACUGGGAAAGCGCCAUCUUGCGGAGGGUUUAUGUGCAUGUUUAUAAAGGUGGCGAACGACGGAGAUUCCGAUGAGUUUGCCAUUUUUCAGGCUGCGGGCAACCGGAGAGAAGAAAUCGGCGCCGUAGAAUCUGGGUAUACGGAAUCUUUUGAAGGAAUCAUGCAGCGGCAGUUACAGACGGAAACCGACUGUGUUUUGUCGGCGGCUGCGCCGCCGCCGAUAUUUUCGGAAUUUGGUCAGAUGAGGGAGAUGUCGGCAAUGGUGACGGCGCUGACGCAUGUGGUGUCGGGACAGCAGAGGAGUUAUUAUCAGACGGAAACCGCUCCCCCCGUUAUGGCGCCGGUAGUUGGCGGCUCCGGAGUUUAUUCCGCAAAUUCACCGUCGUCUGUGUAUUCAUCGUCGAGCUCCGGCUCAUUGGCCGGACAGAAGAGGCGACGGGAUCAAGAAGAGGGUGUAACUCAGUUCGCCGAACAAGCUCCGAGGGUUUAUGGAGGGUUUAGAGGCGGAGAAUCAUCGUCAUCCUCUGUUAAACUUGAAACUACGAACUUCAUAACACCACCUAUCAUGGUCGGCGCCACCUCCACCGUCACAACCGCCGUAGCGUCUGCUGUACAAGAUCAAGGGAGUGGAGAAAGAAGAAGAAGAUAUAGAGGGGUUAGACAGAGGCCGUGGGGGAAAUGGGCGGCGGAAAUAAGGGAUCCGCAGAAGGCUGCAAGAGUUUGGUUAGGAACAUUUGAGACGGCGGAGGCGGCCGCCAGAGCAUAUGAUGAAGCAGCGCUUAGGUUCAGAGGCAACAGAGCCAAGCUAAAUUUCCCGGAAAACGUUCGAUCAUUGCCGCCGCCGCAAGCCGCCGCCAUUUCGGCCUCCCAAUUGCCGGCCAACGCCCCAUCUCAACCGUCCUAUCAAGCUCAUCUGCAGCCUAGUCAAGGUAGCCCUGCCGUCGCCGGAGACUAUCUGGCAUAUUCCCAGUUGCUUCAGAACCCCGGCGACGUUCACGGCCAGCGGCCUAAUAGCUUGUUAGAACAAAUGUUCCGCUCCUCUUCAAUGGCGGUUUUCCAUUCCCAUUCGUUCCCUUCCUCUUCUCCUUCAAUAACCGCCCCUUCAGGUCCAUUUCCCCUGAUGACCUUCUCCGGUCAGCAGUCAAGUUAUUUCCGGCCACAAUCAAGUCAAAGCCCGACUACCGGCUCCUCUUUUCAAUCACCUUAUUGGACUAAUUCCGGCAGCCAAUAUCCUCCCUCUUCUAGUUGAAUUUCAGUUUUAAUUUCCAUACAAAAUACGUACUCCAUUCUUUUCCUUUGUUUAAUUAUUGGUUUACAGUUUCAUUCGUAGAUCUGUAGUUUCAGAAUAGAACAGGACCAUCAUUGUUAUAUUUUUUGGGAUCAUGAGAAAACCAAUCAUAACUAUUAGAUAGUGUAUUGUGCAUUGGAUAAAUUCAAUUUCUCUGUAAUAAUCUGCAAACUACACAGAAAAAAAUAUAAUUGUUAUUUUAUCUUUA